AGUUAAAAACAUUUGAAACUUUUUUCAUGACAUCUUAGUGUGUUUAUCUGUCAGAUUACAAUUAUAAAAUGAAAAUAACGAAUUUAAAAAAAUUAUAGUCAUGAUAUCAUACUUUAAAUAAUUAUAAAAUGCUCACUAAAAAUAGCUAAGUUAUGUUGGUGGAACUGAUUUUAAAAUGGUCUAAAAAUUUCAUAUAUCAAAUGUCACCCUUCUUCUUAAAAGCCAAACAUUCGUUUACAGUUGGACGCCAAGAAGAGUUCCAUUAAAACACAUAUAUACGCGUCUAAUCCAAAGAACUACAACGAAUCAAAUCAAAUGGAGACUAUGGAAGUGGCAUCAACUCCGGUAAUUAACAAUCACGUCAGUAAAGGUGAAAAAAUGGAAGAUAUACCUGUGGACGAAAUGACCUCUAGAGACUAUUAUUUCGAUUCAUACGCACAUUUUGGUAUACACGAAGAAAUGCUGAAGGAUGAAGUUAGAACCCUCACAUACAGAAAUUCAAUGUAUCAUAAUAAACAUUUAUUCGCGGGAAAAGUAGUGAUGGACAUUGGUUGCGGUACAGGUAUUCUUAGUAUGUUUGCAGCAAAAGCAGGAGCAAAAAAAGUGCUUGCUGUUGAAUGUUCCAAUAUAGUAGAUUACGCAAAACAAAUCAUUGAGACAAACAAAUUGGAUCACAUCAUUACAGUUGUUAAAGGUAAAGUGGAGGAAAUAACUUUACCAGACGGUAUUGAAAAAGUAGAUAUUAUUAUUUCCGAGUGGAUGGGAUAUUGCUUAUUUUACGAAAGCAUGUUAGAUACAGUUCUUUUUGCACGUGACAAGUGGCUAAAAUCUGAUGGACUGUUGUUUCCUGACAGAUGUUCAUUGUUUGUUACUGCUAUUGAAGACAGACAAUAUAAAGAUGAAAAGAUUAAUUGGUGGGAUGAUGUAUAUGGCUUUGACAUGAGUUCUAUACGUAAAGUAGCUAUUAGUGAACCUCUUGUAGAUGUAGUCGAUCCCAAACAAGUAGUUACAGGUCCUGCUCUAAUUAAAGAAGUUGAUUUGUAUACUGUGAAAAAAGAAGAUCUGGAAUUCUCUUCACCUUUUAUGCUCACUGUAAGAAGAAAUGAUUAUGUCCAAGCUCUAGUUACCUAUUUUACUGUUGAGUUUACCAAAUGUCAUAAACGUAUAGGAUUUACCACUGCCCCUGAUGCACCUUAUACGCAUUGGAAACAGACUGUGUUUUAUUUUGAAGAUUACAUGACUGUGAAGAAGAACGAAGAAAUACACGGUGUAUUUACAAUGAAACCAAAUCCCCGCAACAACAGAGAUCUAGAUUUUGUUAUAGAAUUAGAUUUUAAGGGGGAACUCGGUGAAGUACAUGAAGUUAACAGAUAUAGGAUGCGCUAAAUAGAUCAACUGAAAUAUACAACUUAAUUGUCUUGAUAAUAAUUUAUAAUAUGUGGAUUGAUGUGAAAAUGUUUUAUUGGAGAAUAAAAUUAGAGAUUUUUAACUUGAAAAUUGUAUAAUAAUUGGUAAAAAAAUAUUUUGAAAAUUGUUAAAUUAGGUAGUAGCUUACUCAAAAAAAAAAAAUAAAUAAAAUGCUUGGUUUUAAUAACAAUUCAUCAUUUUUAGGAAAUCUCUAAUAAAACAUUUGUCCUUAUAAAAUUCUCAAAAAUGAGAUAACUGGUCUUAAAUGAUUGUUAACAGAUAAACACUUGUGAUUCAAUGGAGUGAUUUACUUUCUUAUUAUGCUAAAACGCUAGUUGUUUGUAUUAAUUCAGCUACUUGCAGUAUAAUCUCCUUAUUUUUAUUCUGACAUUCCUCUACAAUGGAAUGAUGCAUAAUUAUUGGUACUUUUAAUAAACAAUUAAGAAGCCAGGUACAAUUAAGAUUAACAAGUACAUAGAUACUUAAUGAUUGAUAAGUUGAAAUUUGACGAUCUGUGAACUUUUUUAUUACUUUAUUUUAGAAAUAUUUAAUCACGAGUAUUCAAUAAAAUUGUCAUUUUAGGUGUCAUAAGUGUUUAAUUCAUACAUCACCUCGAAUCUUACUCUUGAAUACAUCUCCUUAACGUUAAAUCACCUUUAUACAGAAAAAAUUGUUAUAUUCUGUUCAUUAAUCACAUUUGCGCGUCAUUUUUAUAUAAUGUUACUCAAUGUUUUGUUUCAACUCUGUUUUUACGAUAAAUCGUUCAAAAGAAAUUGUUAAUUUGGUAUUGAAAAUAAGUUUUGUGUGCUCCAGCUAUGUUAAAAACCUAACCAAAAGAAACUGAAGUCACCAACUGAUUAGUGAUAUGUUUCUGCACACACAGCAGACUCAAUUGUGACCGAAACCUGACUGGCUCAAAAGUAAAUUGUUCAUUUUGGUGUAUAACAACUUAAGUAAUUGAAAUUUUGAGCUUUCCAGACUUUUUUUUAAAUAAGUGACGUAGCUAUUCUACAUUUCCUUAGUUUAACUAUAAAAUAAUCUCAUGUCGAACCAAAAAAUCCUUUUGUUAAAAAUCUACAAACUAUCCUAUUAACCCAUCUAUGGAAUAUUGCUCGCACACUUGGAGCUCGGCCCCCAAGCAUAUCAUAAGGAUGCUCGACUCCAUACAGAAGAGAGAAAUUCGACUUAUAGGCAAUCCAGAGUGGACCAGAAACUUGGACAGUUUAGAUCGUAGAAGAAAGGUCGCCGACCUGCUUCUGUUUCACCAAUAUUACAACGGCAAAUGUUUAUCCGAGUUGUUCAACAUAAUUCCCCCAAGGGCAGUUUUUGCAGGACCUAUUUGACCGGCAGGCGUGGCUCAUGAAUACCGGGUUGGCCUGCAGACGCCCAAUUUAUCGGGACUCUUUCCUUUGGAAAAGUGCAAACCUGAGGAAUCAGCUACCAAAACACUUCUUUCCCGAACACUACAACCUAUAAAAGUUCAAGAUCACUAUCCACAUGCAUCUCCAUAUGAAUUACUCGAGUGUAAAAGGGUUUACAAUUAUAGUUCCAACAAACAAAAAUAAACAAAACAAUAUGGAGUUAUUUAUUUUACUAGAACGAAUUACUAAAGUUAAAAACUUGUGUUGUGAUCAAAUUGUAACAAAAUAACCUUUGUCCAUUCAAACCUUUGAGAGGCGGAUGAAUCAAGUUGCCAGCGAAUCAACAGUUCGAGUUUCUUGGUUGGCAACCAGUUGCCCCAUCUGUAGUUCCCCACUCAAAUAGGAAGGUUGUUACUCAUUGCAAACUGGUUAGUGAUUUGCGUCAGAAAUGAGUUUUUUUUGAGCUGGUCCGUGUGUAUUCGGCCUAAGUAUUACAAGAGGCUUGCAAUAAAUCAUUGCUAUAAUUCAUCUAAUGCCAAUGGUGGAAAUUGUAUCAAAAAUAAUGAGACAAAAAAAUUCUCCCCUCGCUAAUUAAGUACAGGAACGGUGGAACAUGCCACAGGAUAGAAUGAGGAAAAAAUAGUUUCUUGAGGAAAUUCAAUGUAGAAAAAAAGUGCGAUCAAGGUACCAUUUCUAGACAAGGCAAGAAUACUAUUGAAUGGUAUAUUCUGUUUGAGAACAAAGAAAGGAUCUCAAUCAACAUGUCGAAUUAGUUUUCUUAUUAAAUACUCAACAAAACUUAUCUAAUAACCACCAUAUUCUUCUAACAUUGGUCAUAGUAUUUUUUUGUCUUUCAAAACUGGAAUUGUUAAUUUGGAAUAGUAGUUUUUAGUUGAUAGAAGUCAAUUAGUGGCUGGCUCUGAAGUCGAUUCUCAAAAAAUGUUUCUGUUUUUUUGCGGUCUUGAAAGACAAAUAAAAAUGUAAGAAAAAAA